UCAAGAUUAUAGUUAAAAGAUGGUUUUAAUUAAGAACGAACUAUGAAUACCGGUUUAAAUUCGCAAUGUACUUCAAAGCACUGAUUUUAUAAAUACAUUCUUUAACUUGCUCAGAAAAUCGAAACUUUGGAAGUACAGCUGGAACAUAUCCGAAUGAUGCAAAUUAAAGCAAAUAUUACGCGUAUGAAAUAUCGUUCUGUUUGCUCCGAAUUAAAAGAGAAAUCAGUACUUUACGCUUCCUCCUUGAAAAAUUUGGAAGAUGGCAUAAAGCAACAAGAAAACGAGAUCAAACGUUUACAGGGAGUGAAGGAAGAAGCUAUAGAAUUAAAAGACAGCACUCAAGAGACUUUGGUGAAAGAGGAGAUUGAAGAGACAAAUUCCAGCAAAAAACGUGAUUCUAUUAUCAAGGAAUACAGGCAGCGCGUGGCGGAACGAAGGAUGGAAUUGGAACGAUUGGAGCGUAUGAUAUUUCAUACCCGUCCGCGGGACGAUUUCGAAACACGUGGGAAAAAUCGCGUACAGGUACAAGAGGACAUGAUCAAGGACGAGUUGGCGCGACUGGAGGAGGCGUUCGCCAAGCUGCAGAACGCUACCGGAGUGUCCAGGUCGGAGGAAGUUCUGAACCGGUUUCUGGGUCAGAAGGCGACCAAAGAGAGUCUGCAGAAAAUGCGAACGGCCACGGAACAAGAGAAGAUGGUGUUGGAAAAGAGGAGGCAGGAGCUUAACGUCGAGAUAGAGAUGAGAAAAUUUUCAGAAACAAAGACCGCCGAACAAAACGCGGAAGUAGUGGCAAAACUCAACUUGCAAAUCGAUGAACAGCGAUCUCGUAGGGAGAGAGCCGAGAAUGCAAGUCGACGAAUCCGCGAGCUCUUAAACGAAGUAACUGGUAUACUAUAUAAACUGUGUGAGAAAUUCCAGGUGAGAGUUAUUAAUUAUAAGUCCGUGGACGACAGAGUCUAGAUGGAGUCUGACAACUUAAGAUAGAUUCCGUGCUUAGAAAGGUCCCACGCUGACCGUUUU